GUCGAUGUGCUAAAAGUUGCUUAGAUCCUGAUGAGCUGUGUGGACGGUACGUUGCACCGAUACAAUAAUUCAUAAUGAACGAGAAUGCCGCGUAUUUUAUUACGCUUGCACUAAUUCUGGCUGUGAGAGUUUUUCAUCAAGGAUCUGCAUCGAGAAUACUCGGCAUAUUUCCGAUGCCGUCGAUCAGUCAUCAAGUCGUAUUCCGAGGGCUGACCACGGCUCUGAGAGAUCGAGGCCACGAACUGAUCGUUAUCACCCCGGAUCCAAUCAACGAUCCAACCCUCAAGAACUACACGGAGAUAGAUAUAAGCUUUCUGUACGCCGACUUUACCAAGGAUAUGGAUUGGAUUGCCACUCGGGAUAAGGGGACUUGGUUCGAAGUGUUCCGAUCCAUCGCGCCAAGGUUCACACCGAUGUCCGAACGCGUUCUCAACCAUCCAGAUGUGAAAAAGUUGUAUUCACCGAACAGUGGGGAGAAGUUUGACUUGUUGAUAAUAGAGAUGCUGUAUUGGCACACCUUUUUAUCUCUCGCCAAAUACUUGGACGUUCCAGUUAUAGGUGUGACAUCGCUCAGUAUGCCUCUUCAAAUGCAAUACGGAAUCGGAAACCCCGUGAUGCCUUCUCAUCCGGCUCAUUGGGACGCCGAGAUAAAAGUGUUGGGAAAAUUGUCGCUUUGUCAAAGGUUAUGGAACUUUGUGUACGCUUGGAGAUUUUUGCACUAUUACAGAACCGUUUAUCUUCGAGGACAUCAGGAGAUUUCGAGAAAAUAUUUUGGAAGUGAACUUCCUGAUAUUGCUGAUAUUGAGAAGAAUAUUAGUCUGGUUUUCGUUAAUCAGCAGGCACCGAUUUUGUUUGUCAGACCGAACCUUCCUAAAAUGAUAGACAUCGGUGGAUUUCAAAGAUCCAAAAAAAUCGAGCCACUGUCAAAGAAUCUUCAGAAGACUUUGGACGAUGCGACCCAAGGCUUCAUAUACAUGAGCCUUGGCACGAAUGUAAAGAGCGUCAUGUUGAGUAACGAAACAAGGAAAGAAUUUCUUGCCACGUUUUCACAACUGCCAUACACCGUUAUUUGGAAAUUCGAAAAUGAGAAUCUUCCUGGCCGUCCAGACAACGUGAUUAUCAUGAAGUGGGCUCCGCAGCAGUCCAUCUUAGCGCAUCCCAAUAUAAAAGCGUUCAUAUACCAAGGAGGACUCCAGAGUACAGAAGAGGCGAUAUCUCACGUUGUUCCUGUGAUCGGGUUGCCAGUAUUUGCCGAUCAAGAUACACAAGUCAAUAAAAUGGUGUCUCUUGGUGUUGGAAAGAAGUUGGAAAUCGUUAAUAUAAACAGGAUGGAUUUAGUGGACGCGAUUGACUCCGUUGUGCGGGACGACAGCUACAAGCAACGGAUGUUGAAGUUGCGGGAUUUGAUGAGAGACAAGCCGCACGAUUCGUUGGAGAACGCGGUUUGGUGGACGGAACACGUGAUACGUCACAAGGGUGCUCCUCAUCUGCACUCGUCAAUCGCCGACGAUCCUUGGUAUCAGCGGCAGGACAUGGACUUGAUUUUCAUUAUUUCAAUCGCAAUUUGGACAGCUUUGAUCAUAACACUAGUUGUACUAUAUAAGUUAUUACGUCACAGUAUUCAUGUGCUCAAGUAUCAGCUGCUCGUUAGCAAGGAGAAAAAAGUCUGUUAACCC